AUUGAAGGGAGAAUUAUAGAGGAUGCUGAACCACCAACUCCUCCAAACCCUUCUGGCGGAUGUCCCAUCUGUCGCUGGAACCUGAAGCAUAAGUAUGAUUAUGUGGAUGUCUUGCUGCUGAGUCAGUUUAUCCGCUCGGAUGGAGGGAUGCUGCCACGAAGGAUCACAGGCCUCUGUUUGGAGGAGCACAAGAAGAUUGCUGUCUGUGUGCAGAUGGCUCACCGUGCAGGUUUGUUGCCAAACCACAGGCCUCCACUUCCUGAAGGGCAUAUUCCCAAGAAACCCAAGCUCAACAGGUAUCUGACUCGCUGGUCCGUUAGAUCCGCAAAGCCCAUCUGGAGGAGGGGCCCUAAGUGGUGCAAAAAAACCAUGCCAGUCGGACACCCUUUGCUGAAGGACAACGUCAAAUAUACACAAAAGCCUCUCUGUUUAAACCACUAG